UCACGCUCACCUUGCUCAGCUCCGCCCAGAAAACCCCAGCCGACCCAGAGCCCCACCGCAAUGUCCAGCGACGACGAGCUCCGUGGCCUCCUGGUACAGGAAUCCACCACCGCGAUCGUCUCCGUCGCCGAUCCCUCCCGCCCCACGGCCCGAUCGGCCCACUUCCUCCUCCCCCGCGCGGGGGGCGCUCUGCCGUCCCCGCCCCGCAAUGCCGGCCCUGUUCUUGGCGACCAGCUCCCUGUGGAUUGGACGGCCUGGCCCGGCUCCUCGAAGCUGUGGAGGCGGUGGGUGGCCAGGCUUCGGCCGCGGCAUGAGCGCCUGUGGCGGAAGCUUGGGAUCUUGGACGCCGUCCUCGCGACCACCGGCUGGGUGCGGCGGGACGAGGGCCUGCUGCUCCAGCUCGCGGGUUUCUGGUCCGGCGAGACCAACACGUUCGUCUUCCCGUGGGGCGAGGCCACGGUGACGCUGGAGGACAUGGCCGUGCUCGGGGGCCUGCCCCUGCUGGGCAGGCCGGUGUGGUCGCGCCUCCCGGACGCGCUCCGCGGGGACGUGGACGCGCUGAACAGAUGCACGAACAAGAAACCCUCGUUUGCCCCGUGGGUUAAGCAAUUCGUCGAGCGGCCGACGGGGGAGGUCGCUGCCGCCGGCAGAGGAGAGACCGAGGCGGCCGCAUUGCUCGAGCACGGCGCGUUUCUGGCCAUGUGGUUGACCAGAUACGUGCUUCCGGCGCCGCCAUUCGACGUGGUCAGACCAGACGUGUUCCCCCUCGCCGCCGGAAUGGCGCGCGGCAGGUGCUCGGCCCUCGCACCCGCCGUUCUUGCCAACAUCUACAAUGACCUCUCCGCACUCAGUCACCACUUAAGCUUGGGCACCAGCGAUCAGGCGUUCAUGGCGAGUGCGCCACUGCACAUCCUCCAGCUAUGGGUCUGGGAGCGCUUCCCGGAGCUUCGUCCUGAGGCUGAGAUACCAAGCACUGCCUCCCACGGGGAUGAUCCCGGCAUGCCGAGGGCUGCCAAGUGGCACAAUGUCAGAAAUCCGCUUGAUCCUGGGUACAUCCACGCCGUGCUCAUGUCCCCGGAGGAGUUCGAAUGGAGGCCUUAUGGAGGCAGUAGCUUUGCUCUGCCACAAGGCAAAGAUGGCUGCUGGGUGCACUGCCAUGAUGUAGCAACAAGCAAGGAGCUGCAAUCCUUUGCACAGUGUCUGCUACCCUGCGAGCUCGUCGGCAUGCAAUGCAUCGAGCACUACUGUCCGCACCGUGUCGCAAGGCAGCUGGGCUUCGAUCAGGACGUGCCGGGGACCGUCACCCGUGCCAAUUCAUGUCGAAAGACCGCGUGGGCGACAUACAGGAUGCGGCCUGAAGACGUUUCGUUCUUCGUUCCGCGACGUGAUCCGGGCAUGACGGUUGAAUACGCACAAUGGUGGAAGCCUUACUCGUCGGCAUGUGCUGCUGCUGUUGCUAAUGCUGCAAGGAUGAAACAACCUAAUGUUGCUGGUGAUGGUCUCAGUCUCAGUGGUGUAGAUUGUGGCAAAAAGCGUCACUUGGAGGCUGGGAUGACUCCGCAAGAUGAUAUAGAGGACGAGAUUCCGCUGGCGGAGAGGCUGAAUAGUGUCAUUCUAAAGACGCAAAGCCAGGAUACAGAGACUCGUAUUUUGGAAGAUGGCGAGACAAAGCAAAAUUCAGAGGCAGUUUUGUCUGAUUUGGUGGCAAGCCGGGUAAGAAAAGGUAGACGUAGGGUAAUCUCACACAAAGUUGCUGAGCAAGCUUUGCCUGAUUCAGAGGCAGUUUUGGUGAGUGCAGUUGAUCAUAAACCAUUGUGUGGGCCGGUCACCAAGAAUGAGCAUUUUGAAAAGCAAGCAUCGGCCUCUGUUUUUACGUGUGAUGAGAAGAAUGUCAGUUCAGAACAUGGUGAAGUCGAGGGUGCAGUGAGCGCUAGAAGCAACAAAGGCAUUGGAGCUGCAAUUGGAGUGGACGUGUAUUCAAAUCUUCCAGAUAUCCUGGCGAUCAGUGAUAAUGAGUUGGAUGAAAUAUUCGGAAAGGAAAGCGAGGCAACUGCAAUUUGUAUGGAAUUAUCAAAGUUAUCGAUGGCAACAUCCAACUCAGACCAGCCAAUAAGAAGAGAUGAGCAGGACUGCAGUGAGUCCAAGGAUAUCAUGGUGCAAAAAAAUUGUAAUUAUGAGCUUCCUGCUGUCCAAAGUGAUAGCACCCUCAGACAAGAACCAGAUAAAGUAACUCAUGUCAUUAAUUUUCAAACUAAUGUUGAUGUCUUAGAAGGAUGCAUUGAUGAAUGCAGACACGCGAUGUAAUGGAAGAGGGAGAUCAGAGAGCGAAGGUGGACAGAGAAAACUCAGCUGUUUUCAAAGGAAACAAUGAUGCAUCUUCUAGUGGUCUAGUAUAUGGAAAUGAUGAACUGGUCAAGAGAGUAAUUUCUACUAAAACACUCUACUAUCUUAGACCAUUCGACUGGGUGAAAGAUGCCCAGGUCAGAGAUUCAAGAGCCACCAAUGCAGGUCAAGUGAUUCUCCAACCAGGACGGGAAGUCGGGACACCGGAAAUGAUUAGAGAGGCGUCUGAAGCUCGAGAAGCAGAAAAGGUUGAGUUGGAAACAAUAAUUGAUUGUCUCAAGGAAGAAAUUGUCGCGCUAGAGAUGCAGUUGAGGGACAGGACAACGUCUAAAAUUUGAGGUAUAACUUGACAUAAUUUAGCGGUAGCUUGGGUCUUUAGAAGACAUCUCCUGAUGAAGAGUGCCACAAUAUGGUGGGCUAGUCUUGCUAGUGAAAUGACCUUCAUUAGCUAAUUGUGAGCGAAGAAACUGCGGCACUCACACCCCAUUAGACUCUAAUUAUAUGUUCCUGGUUGCUUUUUCUUUAUGUUGUGAA